AUGCUGACUGUACUUCAUAUAGUUGUUAUCUUCUCGGUUUUAUUUGUAACUUUUUCUCAAGAAGAUAUACAAGUGUCCUGCUUAAACAACUCUGUGAGCAUAGCAUGGAAAAUUCAAGCCGAUCUUGUGCCGUUUGCCGAACGCAUUUUUCUUGGAAGCUGCAAACCAUCAUAUGUAGAUGUGUUGCCAACAGGAGAAGGGAAAGUGCUCUUUGAUUACUCCUAUGAUGAAUGCAGAUUUACAAAACGGAUAAAGGGAAAAUACGAUGUAUAUGAAAAUAAAUUCACCUUCAAACCACUGCCAGGGGAAAAGCCUGCAGACUUUGUGUUUCCCAUCAGGUGUCCAACAAACCGAUCAGACAGUUGGUUUCCCCCGUUCCUAAAUCCUGGAGCAGGGUCCUCUGAGGCUCGAGGAGGCCUGGUUUUCCACAUGGCACUUUUAAAUGCUGAACUAACGGGUAUUGCUAAAAGCAACAUAAUUCCCCUGGGCACAUUCAUGCCAAUAUGGGCCUCAGUGGAUCAGCAGCUUCAUCAGCCUUUACUCCUCCUCAUGGAGGAAUGUAUUGCAGCAACAACCCCCAAGCUUUAUCCAGCUAGCGAAGUGUACCCUGUCAUUACUAAUAAAGGAUGUCUCAUGGAAAGUCAAAGGGGAAAGUCUGUCUUCCUUCCCCGAUAUCACUCGUCAUCAAUAAUCUUGUAUCUUCAGGCCUUCAGAUUUGGACUUGGACAAGAGGUGUACAUACAUUGUAAAUUAGUUGCUUGGGAUCCAGACAGUUUUGAUCAGACAAAGAAGACCUGCCAUUACUCUAAAAAGAAUGAACGAAGAGAUUCAGGAGAAAUGCUGAACCUGGAGGGCUUGUUUAUGGCUCAGUUCUAG